AAGCUGGCAAGUGGCAACAUCGGUAUAGUGUGUGAGCCAUCGCCCUGUUAACGGUGUCAUGGCGGUUUGAGUUGUUGAAAUCUUUUUUUUUUGCAAUAACUUCCAAGUUUAUGUGCUUUAUAACGAACUGAAUAUUGAUUACGAUCAAUAAAAUCACGCGACACAAAAUAGAAAAUAAUGCGCGAAUACAAAAUAGUAGUGUUAGGUAGCGGAGGCGUGGGAAAGUCCGCCCUCACAGUACAGUUCGUACAAGGCAUCUUCGUGGAGAAAUACGAUCCCACAAUCGAGGACAGCUAUCGGAAACAAGUGGAGGUCGAUGGGCAACAAUGUAUGCUCGAAAUCCUUGACACGGCGGGAACGGAACAGUUCACGGCGAUGCGGGAUUUGUACAUGAAGAACGGACAGGGAUUCGUGUUAGUAUAUUCUAUCACGGCACAAUCGACGUUCAACGACCUGCAGGACCUGCGAGAACAGAUUCUACGAGUAAAGGACAAAGAUGACGUGCCCAUGGUUCUGGUCGGCAACAAAUGUGAUCUGGAGGCAGAACGAGUCGUGGGCAAGGAACAGGGACACAACCUCUCGCGCCAGUUCCAAUCGUGCGCCUUCAUGGAGACCUCCGCGAAAGCCAAGAUCAACGUGAACGACGUGUUCUAUGACCUAGUACGACAAAUCAACAAGAAAUCUCCUGGCCCACCAGGAAAGGCCACUAAGAAAUCUGUUAAGUGUACUCUCUUGUAAGGCUCGACUCCCUGGAGCCUCCGACGCAACUAGGUAUAAAACAUUUAAUAAUUUGAAAGACUUCUCAGAACCUAAAUUUGGCUCUUGCGGUUCCGAAAGUUAGCUAGGUGGGUCGAGUGUUGUUACUUGGUUGCCUAUAGCAUUUUAAAUGUGCAUUUGUUAAGCUAUAACAUGCCCAGUGUUAUAGCGCGAGUGGAAAAUGCACAGAAUAACGCAAAUUAAUACAAACUCCUAUCCUGUAAAUGUGUAGUUACACUUUUUGAUCUAUGUAAAUUAGGACAAGUAUUCAAAUAGAUUCUGUGUGUUUCACUCUAGAAAAUUCCAAUCGUAAUGUGUGGAUGCUGAUAGGUUCAGAAGUUAACCAGUAUAGUGCUGUUGUUCCAUUAACCAGUGCGCUUAUCAAGCUGCUGGGGAGUACAUGCUGAUCACAUUCCAUUGCGAUAAUGUCCUGCUGCAAUAUAUACAGAGAUUCAAGAUAUUUGACUUCUUUGAUAUCUGCUGUUGGUAUCCUGUUAAUGUUACCAUUACCACACAUGACAUGGAAUUAUAAUGAUUGAAUAAUCAAUUAACAAUAGAACUCAACAUGCACUCCUUAGCAACUUGCAUUUAUAAUCUCAAUUUGGUCAAGAUUCUUUCAUAGAAUAGAAUGAAUUUUGUCAAAUUUAGUGUGCUUUAAACUUGUGAAUCAUGCUAUGUGCAGACAGUUUAGUCUCGUCAAUUAUAUUGAACAGGAAAAGCUACAACGGCCUGUAUUUGCCAUAAGAUAAACACUCAAGGGCAUUCACACUGUAAUAUGGUACAGGCAGAUGUUUUAUUAUUUAAUUAUGAGUUUGGUAGACUUGUGGGCAUAAGUGUAAAUGGAAUCAUAAACAUCUUAAUAGCAAUAAUAAGUGCCACAUAUUAGUGAAAAUUGGUCAUAAGUAUGCCUCACUGUCUGGACCUAGCAUAUAAUAUAACAUAAUUCCUAGAAUAUUGUUCUAAUAGUACUGAGUAAAAUAACAAAUGGAGCCUGACUUCUGAACGGCUAGGUGAUGUGAGCCAGGCUAUGAGGGGCUGGGACAGCCCGCAGGCCUGAACCAGUGUGUAAUGUUUAAAUAAUUAAGGAUACAUUAAAUUUUUCAGAUAUAUUAUUGUCUUGUUAUAUAAUUCAAAUGUAUCGAAGGAAAAGUGGAAAGGACACCAUGCAGAGUUGGUGACUGGAACAAAUAUUAGUGAGCCUUAGCUAGCACGCGGCCCUGCCGCACUGCCAGAUCUAUAACCCCUUGCUCUAGGAAAUUGAACUCUAAAAUUAAUCGUUAUGGAAGAUGGGAUAAAGUUUUAUGAUUACCAGCUCAUUCAAAUGUAAUUACCGACCUAUGUUUUGCUUCUAUGGAACUUUGUUAAACAUACUAAUUAUAGGUGUUCAAAUAUUGUUACGGAAUUAGAUGUUUCCUCCAUUCUCAUUUCUUUACAUUUAAGGUUACUGCACAAGGAUAUUGGUAAUGACUUCGAUCUGAGUUGAAUUAUAUUUUUAUAUAUAUUGUGCAAAUUAAGAACUUGUAUAUUUUUAUCUUUUCAAUCAAUAAUCGACUUGUACAAUAACUAUUAAUUUCUUUUUUUGCAAAUUUAUCAAUAAAACCGAUUUUAAAUUUA